UGCAGGUAACCCGUAAUUAAGCGUGUGCAGAAUACAACUAGGAUAACAUGGGCUUUGUGAGAGAAUUACAAAUACCUAUGGAUGUUCAGACGAUUGCUCGGACGUUUCUUCACACUGUUACUCUGUUGGCGGCCUUUUUGACUUGCACCGUAGCAGUACACGAUUCCCACUGUCCUUUUAACUGCACGGUUUUCGCGGAGCCAUCUUUGCGAGUCACCAUAGAUGCUUUGGUCAACACGACUGUUCCCGGUAUAACGAGGCCUUUCACCUACCGAUGGAGCCUUCAGGUCCUGGAUGCAGCCCAUGGCGUCUACGCUGAUGUCCUGCACUGGGAGACUGGGCUUAUAUACAGUGACUCCACUACAUGCACCAUCAUAUUCAAGGAGGAUUUUUUGGAACGAGGUCGAGACUAUCGAGUGACAUACCACGUGACCACUCCAGUCUUUCAAGAGAUGAAGACCGACCGGACCGACGUGCUAGUGCGGACAAACCACUCACCAAUCGGGGGACACUGCAGGGUAUUCCCUACAUCAGGUAUGGGUUCGCGCGCUGCCUAUCGCCAUAUUACACCCAUAAUACCUUGAAUCGUUCGCUUUGGUACUGUUU